UGCCUGAGUAAAGACGUUUCACUUCCGCGCGGACAUUCACGUGUCUCAGAUCUUGAGAGACAAUCAUCGUAGACAAAGCUGUACGACAAAAAUGCUGGGAACGUCUGCACCAACUGUGGACCCUACACCCAGCAACUCAACCUUCCUUGACUCAGAGUUUCGUUAUGUGCUGUUUCCAGUCAUCUACAGCAUCAUCUUCAUCCUGGGCUUCUUUGCGAACAUCUACAUACUAUUUGUCCUGCGGUGCCUCCGUCAAACAAAGGCCAUGGGAGAGAUCCGCAUUUACAUGACCAACCUGACCAUCGCUGAUCUCUUUUUUGUCUGUGCCCUUCCGUUCUGGAUUGGUUAUUAUAUUCGUGGGGGCGACUGGGUCUAUGGAGAGUUUAUGUGCCAGCUGACAGGCUCCUUGUUUUUCAUUAACACCUAUGGUACCGUCCUCUUCCUUGGAGCUAUCAGCUAUAAUCGAUACUGGGCAGUCACAAAGCCACUGGAUGCAGCCUCCUCAGAUCACAAGUGUCGUGGGAUCAUUGUGUGUGCCGCUAUCUGGUUGUUCACUGUGUCUGCAACCAUUCCAAACUGGUUAACAGAGGCUUCCCAUACUGACUUAGAAAAUGAAAACUUAACUCGAUGUUUUGAGGGCUACCAGGAUAAAGACGAUUAUGACAAAAAGAAAGUGGCCAUCCUUCAUUUCUCAAUAAUUGGAAUGUUUUUUGUUGUCUUUUUCCUUGUGGUGGUCUGCAAUUUCCUUAUUGCUCAAGCGUUACUUACUCAGAAAGCUCCUCAGGCAGAAGUGCGAUCUGCGACAGUCUCAUCCAAAAUGUCCAGAACCAUGUCGUCCUUAGGUCGAAGGUCCAGAGGAGUGAAACGGAGGGCUCUGCAGAUGCUCUUUGCAGUGGUGGGAGUAUUCAUUCUUUGUUUCCUGCCGCACCAUAUAGUUCAAGGCCCCUGGACGUUGACAGUGCUGCAGAUCAAAGAUGGCUGGGGCCACAUGGACUGGGGCCAAGAAACCCGUCAAGCAAUUAAUGAUGCACAUCAGAUCACCUUGGUUCUUAUGAGUCUCAAUUGCAUUUUGGAUCCUGUGGUUUAUUACUUUGCCACAAGAAAGUUUAAGAAAUUCAUUGUGGCCCAUAUUAAAAAGUUUGCAAAGGGAGAAGGAUGCUUUUCUACAGUUACCACAAAUGUUUCUCCGGACAGCAGAGAUCAGAGUCAGAAACUCCAGAGUAUUCACCAACAGCCCAAAGAGGAAUGACUCAGUGUUAUGUAAUAUAUGUACAUAUUUCAAGAGGGAAAUGUAGAAUUUUACUUCUGUGACAUUUCAAGCUACCUCUAAAGAUUAUAUGCUAAUCUUUUGUUGCAUCAUUGAUGAACAGGACAGAGCUGGAGGUAGGAUGGAUAGAAUCGGGAUUGAAUAUAAUAGAGGGACAUCCCAUGUUAGAUGUUUUGAAGACAAAGCCAGAGAGGCCAGACUGUGAUGGUUUGGGCAUGUACAAAUGAGAGAUAUAUAGUGGAAUAUAUCAGGCCUUAAGGAAGACCAAGGAGGAGAUUUCUGGAUGAAGAGGAAGAGGACAUGAAGUUAGUUAGUAUGAAAGAAGCAGAGGGUGCAGAGGUUAGGGUUAGAUGGAGGGAGAUGAUUGUGGCAACCUCUGACUGGAAUAGUUGAAAAGGAAAGAAAAUGUAUGGGUUUAAUGUCGGCAGCUUCAAACUCAGUCUCCCAUAAGCUUGUAAAAUGGUCAUAAAAUGUAGCCUAUUGACCGUAAGUGCUUACAUAUAGGAAUUUAGUUCUAAAGAUAUAAAAUGUCCAAUGAAAGGAGUGUUAUUCAGUGCUGGUUGGAAAUAGUUCUAUUUUUUGGAGGCUGCAGGAUGUGUGUUGGAGUUGUCAUCAGGAGACAUUAGUUUGGCUCUCAUCUGAUCCAAUACUUUUUCCUUUGUAAUAUUUUUUUUAUAAUUUCAUUUUUAUUUUCACACAUGCUUUUGUCAAUGUAUUAAAAAAUACUUGUAACAGGUGCUGUGUAGUUCCAGGGGUGGGACGUAUAGACACUGCAAGCCCUGCAUGCUACCCCUCUUUCUCGUAUCUUAGCAGCACAGCUCAUCUGCAACAUGAAAGCAGACUUCACCUCCUAAAGACUUUUUAAAGCCAUGUUAAUGCGACCUCACACAUCUCGAUUGACCUGGAAGUUGUGGAGCUGUACUCUGUAUUGUGCAAUGUUUUUGCUCUUCCUGUGUAAACUAAAAAGCUGAUGAAGUGUUUAUUUGUGUUAUUUAUGUCAUAGCACUGGUGUUUAACUCAGAAUGUAUUCAGUCAAAUAUGAAUAUAUUUAAGGUUUAGCCACAUAUUUUAGCCACUAGAACACAUAUAAACAAAUUUCACAUGCAUGAUGUCCCAUCAAUAAAAUAAGUGACUCGUGAUCUCUGCUUACAGUUUUUGUUUUUUUUCCAGUUUUGCCAGGACAAGGUUUUAACCCUC